UCGGUUUCUCUUCCUCUUUGUAUCCAUCUUCAUGGCUGAGCAAAUACUUGAGAAGACGGACGAGAAGGCGGGCGCGAAAUCGUCGGAGGUUAUCGACAGCGCGAGCACUCAUUCGUCUCUUGAUGACCGCUCUAAACACUGGAUAACUCGACGCCCGGAACUCUGGGCUUUCUAUGUAUACUAUAUCGGCAAUAAUGGACUUGCCGGUUUCAAUUUCGGCCCCUCCCAGUUCCAAAACUUACUGUACCUUGCUGGGUACGACCCAGACGAAGCGCCCUUCACGUCUGCGUGCGGGGCUGACUCGGGAUGCGUGCUCCCCUUCCUUGGAAAGACUCGAGAUAUCAACUCAAUCGUCCUAUUAACGAACGGUAUAAGCUUCGCAAUCCAAGCAGUUUUGAUCAUUUCCAUAGGCGCCUGGGCUGACUACGGCCGCUGGAGACCUAAUAUCCUUAUAUUCUGGACGAUAGUGGCUGUCGCAGUGUCUUUCGCUUGGCUGGGAGUCGAAGACCCGUCAAAAUGGAGAGCAGGCACGGCUCUUUAUGUUCUUGGCUUGAUAACAUACCAGAUGACUCUCACGUUUUGGACUGCCGCCUUCCCUGGGCUGGCCCGUAAUCUGCCCGAAGUCAAAGAGUCAGCCCUUCAAGUUGUAGACGAUAAGAAGUCGGAGGACGAACAUGCUAAUUUUGAGUCAAUCGCUCGCAAUCGCGUUUCAAACGUGGCUUUCGCUGUCUGCUCGGCCGGAGAAGUCCUCAUCCUCGCUAUCAUGGUUGGGAUAUUAAAGGGACUCGAAUCCGACGAAAGCACGGAAAAUAAUACGAGAGCAUUCAGUGUCCUGAUUGCCUUCUCUGGCGGAGUCUGGCUCCUCUGCGCAAUCCCCUGGUUCCUGUCCGAACAGAGACGGCCGGGACUAGCACUCCCUCCGGGAACGUCUCUCCUCACUGUAGGAUUCAAGCAAACCUGGAUCGCUUUGCGGGAGUGCAUGCGGCUCAAACAGACGUUCCUGUAUUUGAUAUUUUACUUCCUCAUGGGAGAUGUUCUGAAUACUACAGUGACUGUUAUCGGCACCUUGCAGAACAGCGUCGUGUCAUACUCCACGCUCCAGCUGACUUACUUGCUCAUCGUGGGUCUGGUAGCCCAGGGUUUAGGGAUAUAUUUCUUCUGGCUGGUGCAGAAACAAUUCGAAAUAUCGACAAAAGCAAUGCUUUCAUUCAACGUCUUCUGGAUAAUCAUUUUGACGAUAUGGGGCCUCAUUGGUGUCCAUACCGAUAAAUUUGGUUUCAAGCAUGUUUGGGAGAUAUGGGCCUACCAGGUCUUCUACGGUCUCAUGGUUUGUCCAUGGUAUGCGUACAGCCAGACCAUGAUCAGCGAAGUAUCCCCCCUUCCGCAAAUGUUCCUAUUCUUCUCCUUGUUUUCCGUGGUGGGCAAGACAUCAGCGUUCAUUGGGCCUUUCGUAUCGUCGGCUAUCAUCACUGCUUCUAAUGACAACGACAACAUGCCCUUUGCUUUCCUGUUUGGCCUCGGUACGCUGAGUACUAUUUUCUUGGCACUGGUAAACGUGAAGAAGAGCCGCAAGGAAUGCGAAGAAUUCGUCAUUGCGGAGGCCAGGAGGGACGCAUUUAGGACGGACGUCAUAUAACAGUUGCGAUGGAAUGCUGCACUGUAUGCUGGACGAACAAGCAUUGGAAUAGACUGGCGGGUACGGAAUGUAUUAAAGAUGCUUAGACUUGAGAGGGAGACCACGAUGAUAAUGGAUGUACAUUGAGGAGCAGGACUGGGCUAACUAAAAGAACAAUGCUGGAUCAUACGCGUCAUGGAAGUUUAAUACAUCUAAGAAUCAGGAAUUGCAGGAAAGGAAUCUAUACACAAGCUUCAAUCGAGCCUUGGAACGCACUAUAUGUCACCAGGAAAUUAGCGGCACUUGAUUAGAGUAGGAUCCAAGAUGGCGAUAGUCGUCUCAAAGCCGUGCUUUAAGGGUUUGGGGAGGAUAAAUUAAGGCUCUCCAUCGCGAGGCCAAGUGGAUCUUGCUGAGCGUUGGACUGCAUGCCUACGGCGGAAUCUGGUCCAACUGCGCCGCCGGCACCUCUGAAGAAUAUUUCAGGGCUUGUGCAGGCCGCAACCGCGCGCCUCAUGUGUGUCGUCAGGAAUGACAGACCAACUUGGUACGCAGCAUUCAUCCAGCCGAACCCUUCUCGUGGAACCAUCUUGAAGUCGAUGCCCUGGUUUCCGUAUUCCGCAUCCACCAGGUGGGAGAGCUUGACAGCAUCAAACUUCUCUGGUACAACUCCGUUGAAGUCGACGAAAGCGGUGGUCAUCAUGUAGAGGAAUCUGUAUGCAAGACGUUGUGCCUCAUCCAGGUAUCCAUAUCGCUCCAGACCAACCCAGGCCAUGAUUUGAUGCGGGGGCCACGCAUAAGGGUAAUCCCAUUGUCGGUUAGGGCGAUCCAAAGAGAUCUUUCCCCGAGACUCUUCAGUACCGGAAACGAGGCCACCGAGGACCUCAAACUUCUUUAAUGAUUCCGUUACAAGCUUCCAGGCCUGCUCCUCACUAGCACAGCCUGCCCACAACGCCCAGAGCGCUGUAACGCUCUCAUACAAGCUCUGCUUCUCCUGGACCGUAUCGUAAUCGAAGUACAUGCCCUUACUCUCGUUCCACAAAUACUUAUCAAUGAUCCCCCGCCUCCACUCCGCCCUCUCGAACCACUCCUGGCUCCGCUGCGGGCGACUCGUCGAUCUUUCCCGAUGCGGGUUCCGAUAAUUCUCCGGCGUGACCGGCCACGGCGCCAGAUCAAAGUCCUCCUCCAUGUCCAGCUCGUCGUCGAACACCUCCCGGAUCGCCGUGCCAAUGUCCACCUCGUACUUGUACAGCAGUGUCUGGAGGUCGAUGGUGCCGAGGUUCGCGCAGCGCUUCUCGAAGCGGUACGUCGUGUCGUGCCCGGACUCGCGCACGGCGCGGUCGUGCAGGAAGUACUCGUCCAGCUCCGGUUCCUUCAGCACGCCGUCAUUGUACUUCUCGCUGAACUCGAGCACGGACAGCCCGUGCUUGCGUGCGUACGGCUCGAGGAUGUGCGUGAAGUGCGUGGCCUCGGUUUCGGGCGGGAUGCCCAGCCCGUCAGGCCGAUAGCGACUCAGCCCCGUCUUAGGGUCCAUGCGGGGCUCGGCGACCCAGAUGGUGUGGUACUCCUUGAUAGCGGCACGGAUCGCGCGCUUAAGCCACUGGCGG